AUAUCUAGAUAACAUUCCAGUUACUGGACAUCCUGGACAUCGUUAAAUAAAGCUAUCAAUUUUUAUAUGAUUUUUAGGGAUAAUAUGGGUUUUUGAAAAAAUGUAAUGGUCUUCCAAUAACCCCAACAGACAAAACAAAUACACACUGGUCACUGACACAUGUCUUGAUUAUUUAUUCAACACUUGAAAAUAAAAUAAUAAUUAAUUACUAAUUGUUAAUUGUUGUAUCAACUAAACUACUUGAUUGGGAAACAAAAAAAAAAAAGGAAGAGAUCAACAACAAUUGCCACUGAAAAGGAAUUAAAAAUAAUUAAUUAUUGGAGUAAUAAGAAUAAAAAAAAAAAAUAAAAUGACAAGUAUAAAAUUGAUUCAGACACUUCAGGGUCAUCGUGGUAGAGUAUGGAAUGUAUCAUGGCAUCCAAAAGGUAAAUAUCUUGGUUCAUGUGGUGAAGAUAAGACAAUUAGAAUUUGGAUAAAUGAUGGAACAAAAUGGAUAACAAAAAUGAUACUUGCUGAAGGACAUACACGUACAAUACGUGAAAUAUCAUGGUCACCAUGUGGUAAUUUAAUAGCAUCAUCAAGUUUUGAUAGUACUGUUGCAAUAUGGGAAUUAAAAUCUGGUAAAUAUGAAUGUACAGUUAGUCUUGAAGGACAUGAAAAUGAAGUUAAAAGUGUUGAUUGGUCAAAUAGUGGUGAAUUAAUAGCAACAUGUAGUAGAGAUAAAUCAGUAUGGAUUUGGGAAAGAAAUGAUGAUGAAUAUGAAUGUGCUGCUGUUAUAAAUGCUCAUGUACAAGAUGUUAAAAAGGUAAGAUGGCAUCCAAAUGAGGAUACACUUGCAUCAGCAAGUUAUGAUGAUACUGUUAAAAUAUUUAAAGAAGAUUCAUCAGAUAGUGAUUGGAAUUGUGUUGCAACAUUGGCAUCACAUACAUCAACUGUAUGGAGUUUAUCAUUUGAUAAUACUGGCUCUAGAAUAGUAACAUGUAGUGAUGAUAAAAAUUUAAAAAUAUGGCAAGAAUAUAAACCUGGUAAUGACACAAUGAUUCCAACACCAGAUAAUAUAUCUGUAUGGAAAUGUGUAUGUACAUUAUCUGGCUAUCAUACUAGAACAAUUUAUGAUGUUGAUUGGUGUAAAAAAAGUGGUCUUAUAUUAACUGCAUGUGGUGAUAAUACAAUAAGAAUAUUUCGUGAAGAACUCGAUUCAGAUCCAAAUCAACCAACAUUUAAUCUUAUUGCAUCAAAUGAAGAUGCACAUUCACAAGAUGUCAAUGCUGUACAAUGGAAUCCAGAACAACCUGGACAAUUUGCAUCAGCUGGUGAUGAUGGAAAUGUACAAUUAUGGUUCAACAGUGAUUAAAUCAUUUGUUCAUUAAAAUUUAUAAAAAAAAAUUUAAUUAAUUCAUUAAAAUAUUUUUAUUAAUAAUUAAAAUAUAUUUGUUUAUUUAUUUUGUUUAUUAUUAUCUUUAUUAAUUGUUAUAUAAUAAUGGAUAAACAAUUUUUAAAUUAAAAACCGCCAAAAAAAAAAAAUGAAGAA